AUGAACUCUACCGUGCUUCAGGGAGCACAAGACAGAUUCGCAGAGUAUUUUUCUCGAAAUUUCAUCGUUGUUGUUCUUGGGAUUACAAUAAACUUCAUUAAUGGAAUAUUUGUGUUCACAUUUUUCAGAAGUUCAACUUUCUAUAAUGAUCCGAGAUAUAUAUUAUACAUUCACCUGGUUAUCAAUGAUAUGCUCAUGGUUUUUAUGACUGUAGUUCUUUUUGUGAUGGCGUAUGCAUGGCAAAAUGUACCUGUGCCAUUCUGUAUUCUACUGUUAAUAAUAGGUUCAACAACUCAUAAGAAUACACCAUUGACUUUGGCUGGUAUGGCCAUCGAGCGUUAUAUCGCCAUAUGCAAACCUCUGCAUCACUCUCAGAUCUGUACAGUACGCAGGACGUACAUCCUCAUCUCUCUCAUUUGGGGGGUUGGAGUUAUACCCGCGUUGACUGACUUGGUUGUGUUUUCAAUCGUUCUUCCUGUCUCUAUUUUUACUAAAGGUGCACUUUGUAGCUCAGCAAAUCUCUAUAGCACACCAUACCAUAUUGUGAUAAGUAAAUGUACACACGGGGUUUAUACAUCUGCCGUGUGGCUCAUUCUUCUAUUCACUUACGUUAGAGUGCUGGAUACUGCCAAAAGAGCCAAAAGUGAUAAAACGGCUAAAAAGGCCCAGAGCACCAUCAUGUUACAUGGAAUACAGCUUUUGCUCUGUAUGUUGUCUUAUAUCACUCCUCUUAUAGACAGGAUUUAUUUACCACUUAUACCGUCUGAGCAGAAAAAAAUCGCCUUUUUCAAUUAUCUUCUAACAAACAUGGCACCACGACUGCUCAGCCCCCUGAUUUACGGUGUUCGGGAUCAACAUUUGUAUAAACACGUAAAAGGACUUUUCACAUGCAGAAUAUUUAUUGUUAAAGUUAAAGCCACAAAAUAA